GAGCCCCAGAUACAAAAAUACACCUGCUGAAUUUCCCACUCUCAACUCACACGACGACAGUGAUCAUGAAGUUUGCUAUCCUGAUCUGCGUUUCUGUUCUCUUUUACCUCUCUGUGGCAGAAACACAACAGAGCGAGGACAACAAUGUUCCUGAUUUUGGAUGUACUCGUGAGUACAAUCCAGUGUGUGGAGAUGAUGGAGUCACAUACUCCAAUGAGUGCAUGCUACACUGGGAGAGCAAGCAUCGUAACAAGAACGUCAGCCUAAAGCACGUAGGAGUGUGUGAGACCUCCUGAACUCACUGCUGUUACAUCUAUGGCAUCCAAAAUGGCUUUCCAUUUAGAUACUACAGCAACUACGAAUGAUUUUCUGUCAUACGUUAAUCAGUAUCAUAUAAUGACAUAUGCUAUUUGAACUUUUCCAGACAUCACUUUGUCAACAUGUAAUUUCAUGCAAUAAAACAGUUUAGAAUUUAAGAGCUCUAUUUUAUUAAUAAAUUAAUAAAU